GCGGUUCUGCGCUGCGGCGGCGCCCGCGCCCCGGGUCAGCACCAUGGACAGCGGCGCCCGCGGCCCCGCUCCGCGCGGCUGGGACGCCGCAGCCUUCUGGCAGGUCUGGCGGCGCUUCGACGCGCGCGAGAGCGGCUACCUAGACGAGAAGGAGCUGGAAGCCUUCUUCCACCAGAUGCUGGUGGAGCUGGGUGCUGGCGACGCGGCGGUGGGCGCUCUCGUGCAGGAGGCGCAGCAGCGGUUCCGGGCUGCCCACGGGGCCCCCGAAGACGGCCGAGUGCGGAUGGAACAGCUGGCCGGCGCGUUCCUGUCGGAGGAGGAGAACUUCCUUCUGCUCUUCCGCCGGGAAAGCCCCCUGGACAGCAGCGUGGAGUUCAUGCAGAUCUGGCGCCAGUACGACGCGGACAGCAGUGGCUUCAUUUCGGCCGCUGAGCUCCGGGACUUCCUGCAUGACCUCUUGCUCCGCCAGAGGAAGGCCGUCUCCGAGGGGAAGCUGGCGGAGUACACGGACACCAUGAUGCGGAUCUUCGACAAAAACCACGAUGGCCGGCUGGAUCUCAGCGACCUGGCCAGGAUCCUGGCCCUUCAGGAGAACUUCCUCCUCCAGUUUAAGCUGGACGCCAGUUCCACCGAGGAAAGGAGGAGGGACUUUGAGAAAAUCUUUGCUCACUAUGAUGUUAGCCGGACCGGAGCCCUGGAAGGCCCCGAGGUGGACGGGUUCGUGAAGGACAUGAUGGAGCUCGUGCAGCCCAGCAUCCGUGGGGCAGACCUGGACAGGUUCCGGGAGAUGCUCUUGCGUCACUGCGACGUGAACCGGGAUGGGAAGAUCCAGAAGUCGGAGCUGGCUUUGUGUCUGGGGCUGAAACCCGGCCCAUGACCCGCAGCUGCGUGGCCCUUUGUGCUUCUCAUGUCUCUGUGCUCCCGCUGGUGAAAUCGUGUCUGUGCUUUGCUCUUGGGGACACGCGAGCAAACUGUAUUACCAGGUGGUGUGGCAUUUGCUAUAAAGGACCCUGGACCCCGCUUUCGAAUGACCUGGUGUUUUCCGGCCUCACCAGAGGCCCCCAUGCAGGGUCUGAGCUCUUUCCCCUUCGACCUCGGGCUUUCCUGUCCCCCCCCCCCAAAACCUCAGAGAACCCGCUGGCCCUCCCGCAGUGACUGGGGGGAGGGGUGGGCAGCGGAGCCGCCCUGUGAUCUGUGUGCUUCUGUGUGUCUCUGCUGAGUCUGCAUGCUGUGUGCAUCGCCGCGGUCCCGCGUCGUCUGCAAGCAGAUUUUCACCUGGAAAUAAACCUGCAGCUUCAAACAAAGGCG